AUGGACUACACAAACCUUCUCCUCCCUGCCGGGGGUGCCUUCCCAGUCGAACAGUACUUAAUUCGCCAUUGGGAUUACUCGUUGAUGAUGACUGUGGGUGCUCAGCGCCUCGCGCUGAUAGACGAGUUCUGUUCACUCGAAAUAAUCCCCAGGUACUAUUAUGAGGAUCCGAUAGAACCAACCGGUUUUCGUGUUCCAACACAACUUGAGAUCGAGCUUAUUCUCCGUCCCUUGCGUUCUGAUGACAUGCGGAAACUGGCCUGGAUUAUCCAACAGCGGCAUGAUCUCUUUCCUAUCCUCAUCCGAGAUUACUACGAUACGUCCAAUAGUGAUCAUGAAAGAUUGAUGGCGUACUGGAUGCGAGCUGCUGACGAAGGCAACCAGAUCCUUUUGGCUGUUAUCAAUGAUGAAAGGCCUUUCUCCUUUGCUCCACCCUACGACGAUGACCCUUACCGUUGGACAUCAAUCGUUUACGUUCUACCUGAGGUUAUCGGACCAAUUCUUGUCCGUUUGCCGGACGAGGAUACUAUUCGCUGGACGGAUCUUCCACCGUGGUGUUUGUAUCAACGACAGGUUUUCAGACGGCGUCUUUAUCUGCAAAAAAAACUCAAGCCGGAAGAAUGGAUGCAGGACCCGGACCGCAUGAUUGAAUCUUGCGGCUCUUGUCUUCACUGCUGCAUAUGUGCAGUCAUCGUGAUUCUCGUGGAUAGGAUCGCAUUCGAAACAGGACUUCCGCUAUUGAUCUUCGUCGACUAUAAUGCGAAUACCAUUCGCAGUAUACGGUUCAACUUGAACAGGGACACAAUUAGGGAUAUUAUCAAUGACCGGACUAACGCUUCCGAGACUCCUUGGAUGUGGCAGCAGAGCGAAGUUGGGGACAACUAUAGGGCUACGGGAAACCUAGCUCAGCGCCUGUAUCAAUUGACGGAUGCGGAUUUCGCAGAUCCUUAA